AACCAUCUUAGGAAUAAAGGUCUAUAAAUUCAGAUCACUAGCCCUGAGCUUGCAGGACACGAUUUCAAUUUGGGGAGAUGAAGCAAAAGGUGGUACUCGGUGUCUCCCUUAGUUACAAGAAGUCGUGGCCUUGCUUUCUUUACGGCGAGCUCACUUGCCCUUCCAAAGCUAUGAAGAUUGUAUCCGGUUUCCAUGGUGUUGAAUCUGUAACAUGGAAAGAUGACAAGAGUAAACUUGAGGUUACUGGUGAGAUUGAUCCGGUUUGCCUGACAAGGAAGCUGAGGAAGAAAAUUGGACCUAUAACAAUAAUAAGCGUGGAAGAAAAGAAAGAAGAAAAGAAAGAAGAAAAGAAGGAAGAAAAGAAGGAAGAAAAGAAGAUUGAAUACAUUGGCACUCAAUGGGUUCCAUGGCCGGUCUAUGACAAUUACAACCCUGACCCCUGCACCAUCUUAUAAAAAUCCCAUUGAAAUGAACUAGUCUACAUAGCUGGAGCAAAGGAAUGCUUGAGAAUGGAGAUUUUCUCUACCAAAGAGAAAACCAAAGCAUGUAAGACACCGUUGCUUAGUCCUGUGCUGUAUUGGCUGGUGCAUUUACUUAAUAAGGAUGUAGUAAACAAAAAUUUUGAACUACAAAUGAUAUUAUUAAAUCCUAAGAAGUGUAAGCUUUUAAGAAAAUUUGUUGUUUAAUACCGUAGCAGAACUUGGUUUGACGUGAUGCGUAACCAAAUAUCAUACAUGGUCUAUAAGUUUAACAAUUGACAUGUUUAUUUCCUCAUUUGAUAUUUCUCUUAUAUGUAAGGAAGAGUGUUAAGGAGUAUGA